AUGUGGCAAUGCAAUGAAUCGGAACCGGCCCAGUGGUUGAGGCCCGAUAUCGAGAAUGUAUGGACGGUGUUGGCAUUCUUUGCUCCCAGCGCUCUGGCGGUGGUAGCGCUACUUAUUCAGUAUCUGCUCUUACACGAGCCGCUCGCCGGAUCGGUCCCACGAGAUGUCAACCCAGUCGAUGUCGUUGUAUUACGAUGGGUACGGAGCGGUCUUCAAUACCUUGGCUUUGGCGUCCAUAGCUUGGAUCAUACCGGCCAGGAAGACGGGGUUCGCUCAGCCUUUGACCAGUUUAUGCUGGGUCUGGGUGAUAUACAUGCUGGUUUUGGUGUGGCCAUUAUCGGGCAUGCGUUUGCUUCGCUGCCUCGAGGCUUGACUGCCUACGACUGGUGGCUCACCAUUGGCUUUGGCUGGGCCGCCGUCAUUACCAACAUUGCAGUCUUGUGCUCGCUGCGAGACUACUUCCGCCAAAACGCCGUGAAGCGAGCCUGGAGGCUAUGCUUGGUGUUUGUCAUGGUGGCCACGCUGGCCGUCUGCAUGGUGCCGGUCGGUCGUAUCCGACAUGCCAUGCACGUAUCUGGACAAUACAAUGGACAUGACAUUCUGGCGGCCAAUGUGCUGUGCUUCUUUCCUGGGCGCGGCCACGGUGUCGCUGCCAAGCAGCCCAGUCGGCUUGUGCUCAGCUGGGGACUGAUUGUCGGGUUUCUGAUCGUGGUCGUGGCGCUGUCGGCCACUGUCAUGGUCCUGGAGCACCCAGAAGGUGUACUGAAGAGGUGGUGUAGACGCUACUGGGAAGAGCUGGAAGAAUCGUCGUUGGAAGACCCGGCCCUCUGCGCCCGCUGCGAGCAUCGCUUUGUCUUGCUUGUUGUGCGCCCCUUUAUUGCGUUUUGGCUAAUGGUGCGAGCUCACCUUGACGUCUUGGGCUCUGCACUGACCGAGAUUGUCUGUUCCGUGGCGCUAUGUACUUGGGUGUCUCUACGCUUCUACGAGCUGCUGCAGUUACAUCCAUUACACAUCACGGACCGACUAACGCUGGUUCAUUACAUUGCAUUCGCGACGCUUUUAGCCACGUGUAAGCCAUUAGUGGAACAUGCGUGCAUGUCAUGGCGGAGCACACCACGUCGAGAUUCGAGCAGAAGAUGGCCAUGGUCUCGGAAUAGCGAGUCGUCCAGUCCCUCGGAUGACAGUGAGACUGGAGCAGCAAGUCCAACCAUUAACGCCAGGCUCAACACUGGCAAGUCUGUCAUGUUUAACACUUCUGCUCCCAACAACGCAGCAGCAUCAGUCCAAGGUGACGCGACGAUGCCAAGGCGCAGAGCGAUGCCCAGACUGCCCAUGCAUUUCAAAUUCUACCUUGAUACUGCUUGGUACGUGGCGGCUCUGCCCAUUGCCGCCAUGUCGUGCCUGAUCCAACUCGUUCUCAUGCUCGUGCUGUCCACGAUGGGAGGAAUGACGGGCGUCGACGUAAUCUUCAAGCUCAUGCCCUGGUUCGUCGUGUUUGCUCCUGUCCAAGUAUUCUUCUACAUUAUUGCAGCCAUGAUUGCCGAGGAGAGGGGGUCAAGCACACAGAGCCGACAGCUGACAUUUGGGCUCCUAAGUCUCGGCUUCGUGACCGUUUCGACACUGUCCGUGAUGGAUACCAUUUAUGGCCUGGGCGGCUGGCCAAUGUCCUACCUGGGACUGGGCGCGCUGGGUCUGAUGGUCGUGGCACACGUGCUCUACGGAUGCGUCUCCAAGCCGGGCCGUCUCGUAAAGGGCAAGGGCGUCAACACGGGCACCACGGACGAGGAGUCGGCACUUCUGGGCAACAACCGGAACCAGCCCAAGAUUCCGGUACGGCGGCCGAAACAGCUACUGCCGUCGCGGAGGUUGAGCAAGCAAGGUAUGAAAACUUACGGUACAAUGAUGAAACCGGGAAAUUGA